CCCGCCGUUUCAAUGGCCAAUGCACAUUUCCACCGUCUCCACCGACAGAAACCCACCCAAAGCAAUUCUCAGUCUCUUGAUUUGUCCAUUUUGCUCCCAGCACGAGAACACGAGAACAUGCCCAGUUAUACUGCCCACUCGUACUCAUCCACGCAUUUCUGCUCCCCUCUGCCAAGCUCCACUGUUGGAUGUUGUCCCCGCGCUGACUUGGCCACCCUAGGCUCCGAGCGAAGGCCCCGCUGGUGUUCGGAAUAGCGAACCUACUGGUGUAGGUGAAGCUCGCAGGGUCUAAGUCUCGAUAGUCGGGACAGGAUGUGACUUGAUUCAAUCGGAUCUGUUUUGGGCCUUUGGAUUUGGGUUUUGCCUCGUCGGUUGGUUGGUUGGGCGCCCUUGUUGGAGUGUUACAAAGAGCUGGACCUGGACCUGGACCACCUCCUGGAUGAGCAACUUGCAGGAAGUUGGGAUGAGGAUCUACAAUUAACUUCUACCAUCGUCGACGGUACGGCCAACAAGGCCCGAGCCUGGCGGCCGCCUCUCGCCUGUCGCCUCACGCCGCGAUGUCCUGACAGCCAGUCCGCGCGGGGCAGGCGUUUCACCAACUCGCUUUCCCGGUGCAGAUCGCUCGAUCGGGUAGAAGGACUAGUGAUCUUGCUUGAUACACGAGUUUUUCCAACUAACCAUAGCGCAGAGCACUAUUGUUCUCUUGCCCUGGCGGAACGAGAAGCCGGCUCUUGAUUUGGCUCCUUCCGCAAGCCAGUCAUUGCCUUCGGUGAUCCACCGUCCACUUUUUCCGCCCUCCACGGGCUUUUCUCGUGCAUGACCGCCUCGACCAGUCCAGGGCCAGCCUGCCCAGGUCAGGGUCCCACAUUAAAAUCCUGUACCAGUGCACGCAGUACUACUACUGUACUGUAAAUGCUGGAGCCCGGUUAGGCUGGGGGCUUGCCUUUCUCGGACGACUGCGGUGGCCAGCGCGGACGGCGACUCGGGCGAUUAGUGGAGGGCUCUUUUUGGGCAGAAGGGUGGAUUACUGUAUUGACAACCAGCAAAGCUACCACUAGCUUUCUUUCUAGCUACUUUCCAAUUGGAGUUCUUUUUCUGGAAAUGGAGACUUUCCCCUUUUUUCCAGUAUUCGCGGUGUCGUGACUGGUGUGUCACAGUUGCGGUCUCUUAUACUCCUCUCUGCUUCACCGUAUAUAUUCAAUCCUUACUUCGAGGUGCAGGGAUUCUUUUUUUCUUCUUUCUUCUACACUUGUACUUGCAAGCAAGUAUUCCAGCUUCACAUUUCAAGCCUGUCCAUUCUAGGUGCUGGCUUGAUACUUUCCUACCAACUUCUCGACAUGCCCGUCUCCCAUCUGACCCUGACCGUCUCGCAUCUCCCCACCUCCACCUCGUUCUUCCUCUCCUGCCUUCAGCCUCUGGGAUACCAAUUUAUCGGCCGACAUGAUGACUAUAUUGGCUUUGGACAGAAGCAGGGAGAGCCGGCGGAUUUCUGGAUCACGGAGCAGAAGCCUGGCAUUCUACCCAGCGCAGCACAUGUAGCAUUCCCUGCGCCUUCUAAAGAUGCCGUCACUGCAUUCUUUCACCUGGCCAUCCAAGCCGGCGGAAGAUUUCAUGGCGAGCCACGAACCCGCGACUCGGUGUCCGGCUACCACAGCGCUGCCGUGAUCGACUUUGACGGAAAUAGCAUCGAGGCAGUCUACCGUCCCGGCGGCUCAGUCGUCGCAUCAGAAGCUGGAGGCCCGACAAUAGCUUUACUGGAGAACCGCUCGGUGGUAUCAAAGGCUGUCAGCGUCGCACCGCCCAAGUCAGAAGCAGCCAAGUCGCGUGCAAUAUCAAAAGCACCAAGCGCCAUCGAAAAGGCCGCGCCCGCUCCGACUGUGAUCUCUCAAAAGUCGACGGGAUCGGCCCUAGCCUAUGGUCCACCACCAGUCCAGAAGGCCGAUGAUGGUAGCAAAGCCGCCAAAACUAUCAUUGGUACACUCAUUGGCGCCGCUGCCGGUGCUGCCGUUGCCUAUGCCAUGGUGAAAGGCGACUCGCAAUCGACGACAUCUGAAUCCAAAGAGGCACCCUCACCCCAGCAUCAGACACAGCAAUUUCAGCAACAAUACGCACCUGAAAUUCCACAAUUGAUGGCCGCGGCCGCGUCGCAGUUUUCAGAAGCAAGAUCGCAAGGGCAACCCAUCCUUCGCGCUAUCGAAGCCCCUCCACCGCGCAGUGUCUAUACUUCUGCCUCUGCUGCCCGCUCCUCCAAGUCGCGGAGCGUCACGUCCAAGAACCCGCGAGCCAGCACUAUCUACGAGGCUACCGAGUUUUACCAAGACGACUACGGUCGUCGCGCCUCGGACGGUGGCAGCGUUUUCUCUAUCCCAGAGAACCUUCCGCUCCGCGCAAUCGAGUACCCACCCGCCAGCAACGCCGCGCAGCAGCGCUACCCAUGCAACCCCAGUACCUUUAUCAGCAGCUAUGCCGCCGACAAGCCGCGCGCCGGCAGCGUACACUCCGCCUCCACAAUCAAGGCAGCAGCUAUACAGCGUCGCCAUAGUACCGAUGAUGGGUACUCGGAGCACACUCGACUCGUAUAUCGUGCAUCAUCCUCGCACAGCGUUCACACUGUGAAAUCUCAUUCGCAGUCCAAGCCCGACGCCGGUGCCGCCAGCACAGCCUCGUCAACCCGCUCAGCACGAAAUAUCCCCUUACCCGCCGGCACCGGCUCUGUUUACAGCGCCAUGCCCCGAUCCGAGAAAUCCGUCGUAUCCGCUCGCAACAUCCCCCUGCCGGCUGGAUCCUCGGCAGACUCCUUCUACGGCCCUGCACACAGCCAGGCGCCUAAAUCGCACGUCUCGGCUCGCCAUGUGCUCCUCCCGGAGAGCGUUAUUGAUGUUGAUGUGGACUCGAACGUUACUCCUGAUGACUCGAUUAGCCAGGUUGGUGGGAGUCGCUCGGGACGGUCAAGUCAUUCGCAUCACUCGCAUCACUCGAGACAUUCGAAGCAUUCGCGUUCGCGUUCGCAUUCCAAGGCGUCCAGGCAUUCGUCCAAGUCGAAGUUUGAGGAGCCCGUGAGACCGGCGGAUAGUGUGAGCCAGGUGUCGAGGUCGUCGCAGAGGACUGUUAAGGCCAUUGGGUCUAGUAAGGUUGGGAGUCGCAGGGGGGGUGAGGUUGUGGUUUGAGUGAUUGGGGUGCAUGGUGCUUGCAUCAUAGAACAUUGCAUAUCUGGACGGGUCUUUUUCAUCUUCCUUCUUCCUUCUUUUUUACCCUUUUCUGUUCUCUUCUCCUCCCUUCUUCCUUGACCCUUCUCUUUCUUUCGUGGUUCUUUUGCUAUGCUGCAUGGCAUUGAGAUUGUUGUUCUCUUUUUCUCUCAUCCAUCUUCCACCCCCGACACUUGUUUCAGAUAUUCAGCUUACACGACAGAUGUUGCGGGGCCUUUUUCCCGCUAUAAUACUUUGCAUGAUCAUGGAAAUUGCAUAUAUAGAUCGAUACAAUUCAACCGCAUAUACUUCUCUUCGAACC